AUGGCCGACAAUGCUGAUGUCCCCAGCACUCAGAAGGCCUUCGUGCCACUCGAAAACAACCCAGAGGUUAUGUCCCACCUGGUCCACCAAUUAGGCCUCCCAUCCAGCCUCGGCUUCACAGAUGUCUUCUCAAUCGACGAGCCCGACCUCCUCGCCUUCGUCCCGCGCCCGUCGCACGCCCUCCUCCUCGUCUUCCCGGUCUCCAAAACAUACGAGCAAUCCCGAACAGCAGAAGACAGCGCCCUAACCGAAUACACCGGAUCAGGCCCCAGCGAGCCCGUAAUCUGGUUCAAGCAGACCAUCCGCAACGCAUGCGGCCUCAUCGGCCUGCUCCACGCCGUCGCUAACGGCGAGCCCCGCCAGCACAUCACCCCAGGCUCGGACCUGGACAACCUUCUCCGCGAAGCAGAGGCCCUUGCUCCGGCUGCGCGGGCAGAUGUCCUAUACGAGAGCAAGGCACUUGAGAGCGCGCACGCGGAUGCGGCGAAACUGGGCGAUACGGCUGCGCCGGCGGCGGAGGACAGUGUUGACCUGCACUUCGUGGCGUUUGUCAAGGGGGUUGAUGGGACGCUUUGGGAGCUGGAUGGGCGGCGGAAAGGUCCUUUGGCGCGGGGAAAGCUUGGGGAUGAUGAAGAUGCGCUUAGCGAAGCUGCGCUUGAGCUUGGGGUACGACGAUUCUUGAAGAUGGAGGCUCAAGGGGGAAAUCCUGAUUUGCGAUUCAGUCUUGUUAGUCUGGGGCCUGUGUUUGACUGA